CUUUGGUACAAAUAGCAACUCCGAGCCGCAGGAGCCCGAGGAGCCCAGUGUGCAGCCAACAAGCAUGAAGUAUGGGAAGCUGUGGCCCAUAGGUGUCUCAGUCCUGGGGGUGAUUGCGCUACAUGUGCGCGUCCUCUCUUUGGAGGUGGAGAACAGUUCUGCUGCGGAUACUUGUUCCACUCACACCAUUCUGCCGGGACCCAAAGGGGAUGAUGGAGAAGCUGGAGAUACGGGGGUCUUGGGAAAGCUGGGAAAAGAUGGACCCAAGGGGCAGAAAGGCAAUAAAGGAAUAAUAGGGGAUUCUGGCGACCAGGGCCUGAUAGGUAAAAUUGGCCCAAUUGGCAGCAAAGGGGAUAAAGGACAUAAAGGCUUGCCCGGCCUUCCAGGAGGAAAAGGAAAAUCAGGCAGCUACUGUGACUGUGGAAGGUACCGCAAAGUUGUGGGGCAGCUGGACGUUAAUGUUGCGCACCUAAAGUCUUCCUUAAAAUUUGUAAAAAAUGUGAUUGCCGGCAUCAGGGAAACAGAUGAGAAGUACUAUUACAUUGUGAGAGAAGAGCGGAACUACAGGGAUGCGCUGACCCAGUGUCGGAUAAGAGGGGGUACAUUGGCAAUGCCCAAGGAUCAAGCUACCAAUUCCCUCAUUGCUGAUUACAUCUCCAAAAUGGGGCUUUUCAGAGUAUUUAUAGGAAUAAAUGACAUUGAGAAAGAGAAGCAGUUUGUGUAUGCAGAUAACUCCCCACUGCAGACUUACAGCAGCUGGAAAGCCGGAGAACCCAACGAUGGCUCUGGGUACGAAGACUGCGUGGAAAUGCUCAGCACCGGCCAUUGGAACGACGUGGACUGCAGUCUGACCAUCUACUUUGUCUGUGAGUUUCUGAAAAAGACAAAGUAGCUGCUGAAAGACAAUAUAGGGAGCUAAUUUACUGACGUAGGAAAUCGCACCGGUGCAACUAAUCAGAUCUUUGUACUUCAUCCAGUGGCCGGGUGUGCACUCCCACAAGUCUAUACGUCUUUAUUUCAGCAGCCAUAAAAGAUCUUAUGCGACAGGCAGUGUUUUGUGCAACAGAUAGUGCCCCAUACUAGCCAGAGGGACUGACUUUAGUACUUAAAACGGCAACUUUUCAGAAUGGAAUAAUCCGUUGGCCUGUAUUAAUAAAAAAUAUAUCAUUAUAAAUGUACAGGAUGCAUUUAUAACAUGUCUAAUGAGACCCCCCAUUUCUGAAGUAGUUCAGACACAUGAGAGCAACAGUAAGUUUAAUAUGGAAGGGAGAAUAACUGCCCCCAAACUCUCAAAGUUUCCGUACACAGCGGUUAUGGCACGUUUUUAAGGUGCUCCAUGGGUUUAGUCACAUAGAUGAUGGUUGGAGGGAUUUGGUUACAGAUACCUGUCAUAUGAAAUUGUAAAUUUCCACUGCAGUUUGUUGUAUUGCAUUUUAGAUAUACACAGUGAUACAAACAACACAAGUUGGAUAAGAACAAUAUAACCCUUAUUGUAAAAUACUAAAAUAUAUUAAGUCACUGAGGCAUUCCAUGCUGUAUAAAGGUCUGUCUGCGCCACGUCAAGAAGGAUGUUAAUUUGUCCUUUUUUGGGGGGGCUGUCUAUAAAGAAUUCAAAAUAACUGCCCUAUUAUACAGUAACCAUUGAUAUAUUUUUUUAUUAUAAUUGUAAUAUUUGACAAAUAAAUGAUUUCCAAAAUAGGAA